CUUCUUUCUUCCUUCCUUGAACAAACCAUCACCAUGUUCUGCUGCGACGAUCCUCAAGUAACCUGGGAUACAGAUCCCUGUCUCAGCGUCUGCACUUCUUGUGGUAACGCGAUUGAAGACGCAUUAGUCGGGCUUGCAAGUACAGAUUUCGCGGGUACCCAGGUGGUGGGCCAAAAUAGCAAGCAGACCGCGAUUCGAUCCAAGCAUGGACCAACCCGACACAUCCUCGACGGGGAGCUGAGCGAGCAUAAGGCGAAACGUUAUACGACCGAAAUGCAUAAAUUCAUUGGCUCGUUAUGUGUCCAAAUGUCAACCCCGAAUCUUGAUGCUCGUGUCUGUCUGCUAUUUGACCAGGGUAUGAAAAAUGAGAGUACUAAAUUUCGUUGGGGCGGACAAGCUAAGGCAGUCUCUGGUGCCUGUCUCGCGCUCGCCCUACGUGAAAGCAACAAACCUGAUCGUCUCAAAGAAAUCGCUCUACUGCUAGGUCAGAAAUAUGUGUAUCUUCAGCGAACCCUCGCCACGCUUCUGGCAUCUAUUGACCUCAAAUUCCCGUCAACUACGCCUUCGCAUCACAUUCCCAACUUACUCUCACACCUGUUUCAAGAACUCAAACGACUACCUGAAGAAACUAUACUCAACGUGAAAUUGUACUCUCAACUCAAACGUUUAUCUCUGCAGGCUGUGGCUGACCUCUCUUAUGCAUUUCUCGAAACCUUUGCUAUGACAUCAAAGUCAAAUUUCAUUCAAUCUUCCCCGUCCUCCUGUGCAGUUUCUGCGUUUGUUAUCUGUCUUGAAGGCGAACUCGGAAAAUCGCUCUUCGAAAUCAAGGAUCUCUAUAAAUGUUUCAGUCAAGUGUGCCAUCUCUCGGCCGGAACCUUGGCCCGACCAUACAGAAGCAUGCGCCAGGAGGUGUUGAAAUGGAUGAAGGACCUGAAUUGGGUAGAGCAGUAUAAGAAGAAUGCCACUGGCCGAGCGGAUUCUACGCUACGUAAUGUGUGUGCUAGAGGUCUCAAGGACGCUCUACGCGAGAUAGAUCAAAUUUGGAGA